AUGCAAAAACUAAUCGCUUAUAACAUAUUCGAUACGCAUUCUAACGAUCAAUCGGUCGUUUCUAUGCAACGUUGGGCAACACGAUUGUAUGUUGUCAUUCUUGGCUUAGCUAUGAUCAUUCUCAUUGUUUAUACAACAAUAAAUACGACUCUGAUGCAAACAGAUGUGAGUAAGCCUUCUGUCACGGCAUAUCUAAAUCUGUACGAUCGGCACCAUAAUAUUAAGUGCCCGUGCACACAAAUUUCGACGUUAUACAAAAACUUCUUGCAACUUGCACCAACAUACAAUCAAAUUUGUUCGAGUGGAUUCGUUUCUGACGAGUGGAUUCGGUUUCUUUUUGAUAAUAACCAAACAACAUCACGUUAUGCUGCCGAUUUUCGUGCGACAGCACCUCAUCAGUUUCAAGUUCUUCGAGAGCUGUGUCAGUUAUCAAUGACUGCUGUGAAUAAUGGUCUUCAAACAUUGUACAGCAGUCAAUUGAUAUCAGGUCAAUUACUGAGCAAAGAUUUAUUUGAAGCAGAAAUCAGAGCAGAUAUCGAAGCAUUUCAACGCAUAACAACGUCAAAUUUUUGGCGAGAACUGACAUUUGUUCGGUCAUUUAUAUUUGGAAAUCAAUUGAUUCCAGCUAUUCCGACAGCAUUUACGAUCAUUGUUCGCUCUGAUUCUCCAGGAACGAUUCGAUCAUCACCAGGAUUAAAUACAAACGAAUUUAUAGAACCAAACGGUUCAUCAUGCGGUUGCACUGAUUAUCCAACCUGUCAUAUGCCUGCUGGUUUCUACAACAUUACGACAUUUGAUACCAGUCGUGGUAUAUUUGACGAACAGAUGUUACCUCCUCAAGAAUAUUUAUCAGAUUGGUACACUGGAUGUUGGCCGGUCGAAACACUUCUCUUGUCAAUUCCUACAUAUCUAUACAAUCAAACGGCGUUGAAUCAUAUUCUAUCCUAUGUGAAUAAUUCCCUGGUAGACAAUCCAUUUAUUGUAAUGAGUUUGAUGACGAGCAGUCAUUUUGAUCCGACGAUGGCCAUUGAAACAUUUGUCGAAGAUCUAUUCGUUGAGAAUUGGACAACCGAAGUAAAUUACACGUCGUACUUUCGUCAAUGCCAGCCGAAUUCUUGUGUAUAUGAAAACAACGAACGAGCAUCUAGUUUAUUCAUCUUUACUUCGCUUCUCGGACUGUACGGAGGCCUCUCUAUAGUACUUCAGUUCCUUAUACCUUAUGUAGUAACUUAUAUUAUGAAAUAUUUCCGAACAAAAACAAUUGCUCCGCGUAUCGAACAUCCAACAACGAUCGAUAAUACAUCAUUCAAAGUCGGUCGAUUGAUGAAACAAAUAUGGGAGUCAGUUGUCGAUUUGAAUAUUUUCCAAUCUUCACAGAAGAAUACUGUUAACGAUCAACACCAACAACGGUGGUCAACUCGGCUCUAUAUUCUUCUUUUAGCUCUGACUGUACUCUUUCUUACUUUCUAUACAUGGCUGAGAAUCGAAAUGAAAAUUAUUCAAAUUAAGAAUCCGACAUUAAAUUCUAUCAAAAAAUUACAACCAUAUGCUUCUUCGUUACAAUGCCCUUGCAUGAAAUUAUCGGUUUCAUACGAAGAUUUGAUUGAACUUGAACCAAGCUAUCAUCAAAUAUGUUCAAGUGAAUUCGUGACAUCGAAAUGGAUCGAAGGUCUCAAUGAAAUUGCUUCGAAAUUAGUCGCAAAUCUCUAUUUCGCAGAUUUUCGUUUUGCCAGCCCGACUUUUCAAUUACUUAAAUCUAUGUGCGAUCUGACCAAUGAAACGGUUUUCAAUGAAUUGUUUGUCUUUGGACAAACUCAGUUAGUGACGGCAAAUCUAAUCCAACAAGAGCUAUUUGAAAGACAAUUAAAUCUCGAUAUUGAACAAUUCAAAGUCAUAUUACCCAGUAGUUUACUACGUGCAUUACUAUUAAUCCGUAAUUUUACUUAUAUGAAUCAAUUUCUGUCUGGUUCGUACGCGAAUUUUGCCGUCGACUAUUCCACAGUUGAAGAAUAUACCAAACCUGAUGCGCUGUUGACACACUAUGGAAGUACUACUACAUUCGCUAAUGGAACAACUGUAACUUGUUCCUGUGCAAAUGAUAUUGGAUGUGGAAGACAAGCUGCACUCUACACUGGACCAAGCGGAGCGAGACAAGUGAUUUUUACUGUUCCGGGAUUUUAUUCUCGAUGUUUUCCAGUUGAAUCUUUACUUCCGUCCACGUUAGAAUGCUUCGCUGAUACCAGCUCAUGUCUUGAAUCCAUGGCGAAUCUCACCAAUGAAACGUUAUUUAUUAACAUGGAACGAUUAAAUACGUCGCAACCGAGCCGUUUUUCAGUAAAUACCACGAUUAAUGUUCUUCUUGAACAGUUAUUUAUUGAAAACUGGUCAUCUAUUCUUAACUAUCCAGCUUAUUUUAGUAAAUGUCAGCCAGUAUCGUGUUCGUAUACAAUAGUUGCACAAAGAAGUACCUUGCAAGUGGUCACGACAGUUACAGGACUUGUUGGAGGAUUAUCUAUUGCUUUCCGAAUUAUUGCUCCCUCGAUUAUCGUAUGUUUAGUUACUUUGUUUCGAAAGUUUCGUCCUGAACAAGCAAAUGCGAAUGAUUUCCUGAAUCCGAUGAGUACUCGUCAACGAAUUUAUUUAUUUUUAAUCACAUUCAAUAUAUUCGAAAAGAAACAUCGAAGAGUUGCUAAUGAAACGGAAGUUCAUCUUCAACGACAAUCUACUCGUUUCUAUUUCUUAUUUCUUUCGUUGACAGUAUUUAUUCUUGUCCUGUAUACAUUGUUAACAUACCAACAGAAUGACAAAACUGUAAGUAUCUCAUCUUUUGGAAAAUUCCGACAAUUACAGAUACUAUAUGGAUCAACAACAGUCGAAUGUCCGUGUACCAAGCUUUCGUUCCAAAAUGAAGCAUUUUGCCAACUCGAGCCGAGUUUUCAUCAGGUAUGCGCCAGCGAUUUCAUGAGAAAAAAUUGGUUAGAUGAACUAUUCGUCAAUUAUCAGCAGCAAAAUCUAUCUGAAAUGAAUUCAUAUCGAUUUUCGGGAACCGCUUUCUCCUUCUUUCAAACUCUGCAAAUAAUGUGUAAUUUAAUUGAACAAGCCGUUCUUGACGGUCGUGAUCUUUUUCUCGCGAAACAAGUUGUAUCUGCAUAUAUGCCGGAUUACGAUCUGUUCGAUCAGCAAGUCUCAGCUGCACUGACAACGUUCGAAUCAAGCCUAGCAAGUAAUUUCUUGCACACCUUAAACAUGUUGCUAGGAAUGGCACAAGGUAAUGGUCUCGUGUCAGCUUAUUCAAUGAAUUGGGGUAUGUUUCUACCGAACCUGACCAAAGAUGCGACGAUAUACAUGAAAGCUCGUGUAUACGAUGAUUGCAAUUGUGCAACCUCCGCUACCUGUACUCAAUCGUCAAUACCGUAUGUACCAGGUUAUGUUGUUGGUUGUCUUCCUUUACAAUCUCUCUUACGAUCUACAUUGGAAUGUUUCUACAAUCAAUCAUGUAUUGAUAUGAUAUCUUCAUAUGUCAAUGCAUCGAUCAUACCUCGAGCAUUGAAUCGUAGUAGUACGCGAUUUAAUCAAACUCUACUCAUCAGUGCGUUAGUUAAAGAGAUGUUCAUCGAAUCCUGGUCGGUGAAUGUAUCGUACGAGGACUAUUUUCAUCAAUGUCAACCUACGUCAUGCUCUUAUAAGCUGAUUGAUCGAUACAACGUAUUGUAUGUCGUUACAACGAUCCUCGGUCUUUACGGAGGAUUGACUGUUCUUUUGAAAAUUGUUGUACCUUUUAUUGUACAUCGAUUAUAUGGUCUACUUCGACGAAAUCAGCGUGUCAAUUUUGAAGUCGUACCAAUCGAAGGACGAUAUUAA